CGCAUGAAACAAUUGUCGUUCUCUUUAUGCUCCGGUAGUGUAGACCAUUUGAACCUGCGGCAAUUAGGGCUCCAGUUCGUCUCGCUGCAUCUCUCUCGGCUUUUCACGUUUCGUGUCUAGAGAGAGAGAGAGAGACAGAGACAGAGAGACAGAGACAGAGAGACAGAGAGAAUUCAUUCUCCUUGUUUUGCAGAGAUGGAAGCCAAACUAGUCGAAGCUUCCCAGCUAUUUGACCGCUUCAAGGCUGCCUUUACAAGGAACGAUCUCCAUAAUUGCGAUUCUCUCCUCUCCCAGCUGAAGGUCUUGUUAACGACAUUCCCUAGCCUUCCUCCGUUGUAUCGGGAGUCACCCACCGCAGUUCAUGAAUUGACUAUUGCUAGGGACAUCUUUGAGCAUGCUGUGGUUCUUAGUGUGAAGGCUGAAGACCAAGAUGCUUUUGAACGUGACUUCUUUCAGCUGAAACCUUACUAUACUGACACAAGGGGCCUCAUUCCACCCUCACCACAAGAAUAUCCAAUCUUGGGUCUUAACCUUUUAAGGCUCCUAGUCCAGAAUAGGAUUGCAGAAUUCCAUACUGAGUUGGAGCUGCUUUCACCUACUGCACUGGAGAAUCCAUGCAUCAAGCAUGCUGUGGAAUUGGAGCAAUCUUUCAUGGAAGGUGCCUACAACCGUGUUUUAAGUGCUAGGCAGGCCGUUCCUCAUGAAACUUACAUCCAUUUCAUGGAUCUUCUUGCAAAGACAGUCAGAGAUGAAAUAGCUGGAUGCAGUGAGAAAGCAUAUGAUUACCUUUCGAUUGAAGAUGCAAAGCAGAUGUUAAUGUUCUCAUCAGACCAAGAAUUGGCCCAAUAUGUUGCAGAGGAGCACCCAGAAUGGGAGAUAAGGAAUGGCUGUGUGUUCUUUCAAAAGGCAAAAGAAUCUGCACCAUGCAAAGAGAUCCCAUCACUUCAGCUCAUUAACCAAACGCUUGGGUAUGCCAGAGAAUUGGAGCGAAUUGUCUAGAAACCGAGUAGCCUCAAGGACCUUUUACCUAAAGGAUAACAUUUACAAUUAUUUUGAAUUUGCUUUACUGAUUUUUGUAUUAUGCCUUUGUUUUAAAUCUUUUUCUUCUUCUUGAUACUAAUCAGGGACCUCUCUCUCUCUCCCUCUGAUUGCGUUGCUUCCCUUGUUCCAUUACCAUACCAUUUUACUGCUC